UCUGUAGUCGCUGCUAGGAGUCAGUCUCUUCGCCGGUUCCUGGCCCCGCCGAUCCAGUUCUCUGUUGCCUGCGGUUCGCCGCCCCGCUAGCCGCCGCGAUGCCGGUGUUUCAUACGCGCACGAUCGAGAGUAUCCUGGAGCCGGUGGCGCAGCAAAUCUCGCACCUGGUGAUUAUGCACGAGGAGGGCGAGGUGGAUGGCAAAGCUAUUCCUGACCUCACGGCGCCUGUGGCCGCCGUGCAAGCGGCGGUCAGCAACCUAGUCCGGGUUGGAAAAGAGACCGUUCAAACCACUGAGGAUCAGAUUUUGAAGAGAGAUAUGCCACCUGCAUUUAUUAAGUGAGUAAUUAAAAUAUUCU